UGGCAUGACACACAAUAGUAUCGGGCCCAGUGUGCUGCCUUCAUUCGCCCGAGCGCCAACAUUCCGUUAACAGUCUCUUCACUUUUCAACGCAACUCGGUCAAAGACAAUUCUAUAAUGCAAAAAAGUUUGUAACGCUUCUAUUAAUCGGACUAUUAAAAGUGAACGCAUCGGAAUUUGACAGUGAAUUUGGCGGGAAAUCUAAAAUAAAAUGGCGCGUACAUUUUUCGUGAUUUUCGCUCUUAUUUUGGUGUUGUCUCCUUGUGAAAUGUCGAGGCGGAAGAUUAAGGAUUAUCCUACGGAUAAACAGCUGACUUUGCAGAGGAAGGAGACCACGCCAGUGGAUUUCACGAGAUUAGUGGUGAUGAGAUUGGUGUACGGUUUCGCGAAAGUUCUUGGCUUCGAAGAGCCUAUUGGUGAAGUGAUGAACGGUGCAUUCGUGCCUCCAGGAGCUGACGAUGAUGACUUUGAUGACGAUGACGGUGACUUCUUUGAUGACUAUUAAUUUCAAGUGCAGUGCGCGCAUCUUUUCGAUACCAAAUAACUCGCAUUUACUCAUUUAAUGUCUUUGUAAAUUAUUUAUUAACUUAUUCAACUGAUAAUUUAUUGAAACUUAAUUUAUUUUAGUGUAAGUUUAUGUUUAAGUGAGUACAGAACAAUAGACUGUUAAAAUUGUAUACUUAUUUGUUGUUGUUAAAAUUGUAUACUAUAGUCAGAAUUUUAAUUAGAUUCCAGAUUUGACAAUAGCUACUGUCAUUUGGUGAAAUAAUGAUA